CGUAGACAAGCGGGUAAUGUACAAGAGUCAUGAUGGUCCUUAGAAAAGUGUGUCGGCAAAUCGAACCGAAGGGUGCGCGAAUCGAGACGCGUCCGGUCGUCCGCUGCCCGCAUCCACUCUCAAGUCUUUGACUUGGCUGCAAACGCUGACCGGCGCCCACAGAACUAUAUAUUCGCAUGAGCUUGUUGCGAGCACUGUCAAGUCGAGUGCCUCCUAUAACCAGAGACGAAUUCGCAAAAUUCUUUCAAAAGUCUAGGCCGCCUGUGGGAUGGCCAGAAACGAUAGCCGUCGGUAACUCUGGAGGCCCCGACUCGACGUGUCUACUGUUUUUAAUCAAUCGUCACCUCAAAGAAAAUGCAGGUCAACCAGAUAUACCUCGACGCGUGGUAUCUGUCCAUGUAAAUCACGGAUUACAGGCUGCAUCCAAUGAUAUGGCUCGACAAUGUGAAGAGGUCGCAAAAUCACUUGGAGUUGAACAUCACACGCAUAGUGUUCCAUGGGAUGAACAAGGAAUCUCUCCCAAACCCGAGGAAAACAGCCCAAUCAUGGAAUACUCUGCUCGCAUCGCUCGAUAUCGAACCUUGUUCUUCGCCAUGUUACAUACCAAGGCGGACGUCUUGGCAAUGGGUCACCACCUCGACGAUCAGGUUGAAACGGCAGUCAUGCGUAUAUACAAAGGUUCGACGGAGGAAGGUGCUGGUGGUAUGAGAUUCUGUAGGAGAUGGGGAAUGGGUUUCGGUAGUCAAAGGCCGAAUGCAGAUAUUGGUUGGAAUGCUCAUGAAGGCAUGAGGAGGUGGAUAGCUCGGCCUUUAUUAGGGCUCCCCAAGGAAAGACUUCUCGCAACUUGCGAAGAAAAUCAACUGGAAUAUGUUACAGACGAGACAAACACCAUGGCUCAUGUGACCAUUCGAAACGCUAUACGAAUGUGGCUCAAAAACAAGGGGGAACAAUCAGAGGACAGCGCUCGACUGGACCGCAUUGAACGCAAGGUUUCCCAUUUGAAGUCCGAUCUCGUCUCGUUAGACCUCUCCAGUGGCGUUGAACAACUUUAUGGCGCAGUAAUGGCUUUGAAUGCACAGGCACAGGAUAUCGAAAGUCAAGUUGACAGUAUCCUGAGUCGAUGCACCUUACGCUCUCCUCCCGGUACAUGGAUGACGACUUGCCGGGGAAUUUCUUUUGUUCGGGACGAAAAACUUCGGCGUGCUCUUGUCCUUCGAAUAUUGCGCUUCAUCUCCUUUCAUCCUUGGGGCUCCCUGAAGGCCCAAGUCAAGCGAAGGAACAUGGGCUUAAUGCAGAUCAGCGAGAAAUUGUGGGACCCUAAUCCGCUUUCCCCGGUGAUACCUGAGUUUUGCGCUGGCGGAGGUGUGCAGUGGGCUCCAGUAAUCAUCCAAGGCUCAAAUUUUCGUUUUCCCCGCCAUUCGUCACCAUUUUUGACGGAAGGCCAAAGCGUCGGAUGGAUGGCUUUCAGGCAAAGACCCCCGACAAUGGUCUGGCGGGUUGAUGCCAGAGACAGUCUUCGGGUUGACCUUACUCCUAUUCUCGCCUCGCACUUGCAACUUGGAACGGUUUUCGAGUACCUCUAUGACUGUCGUUUCCUCUUGACGUUUGAUUUGGCGAAAAUACCUGGAGACAUCCUUAGGAUCAUCCGCGAUCCUGACCAUGGGGAAGGUCUAUGGUUGAAACCUUGUACCAAAUGGUUUUGGCCAAGAUUGGUCUGGAAACGCGUUGGUCAUGAGGACGUGGUCUUGCAUUCGAAAGUAACGUUGCAAAGUCCGCCACCUGCGACGGUCGGUUUCGAUAGCCAACUGAACCUUUCAUCCAAGCCCGAGGUUUUUUGGCAUGACAAUCCACAACCAGAAGUCCCCUGGGUAAAGGCCGAGUUCAUCAGGACACUCUCAAGUUUAUGAAUGGUUGAAAUCCGUUUGACCUCGAGUUUUUGUGUGCGUCUAGUUAUUGGCAGGAUUGACACGUCCUUGAUAACUCCCGCCAAUAUAACCAUCGAAACUCCUUCAGGAGGUUGCGUGUCUCAUUGCCAUAUCGAGCGCCGCUUCCAUGACACAGCGAAACUGCUACAGAGACAUGGAUAGGCUAGACCGUUACGCUGCAAAUGGCUAUACGGACCUUUGGCAUCGACUUCUAAAGUAUGGUCGGUUGACUGCAUGAUGUUAUGGGUGUGUACAUAUUGUAAGGAAGUAAAUGGAUUUGGCGGAAACAUUGCUGUGGAAAAAGAAUGAAUGGAUGGCUAUCUGCCCUGAACGUAACAUUAACGGAUUUGGUUAAAAGGUCUCUCUGGCAAGAAGUUAAACUCAUUCAAG